AUGAAGAACACAAUUAAUUAUUUCCAAGUAUGUCUUCAUCCCUUUUCUAUUUCUUUAUUAAUUGCAAUUUUUAGCUUUAUGAUUAUCAAAACCCUAAGUGUGAAGUCCCAAACAUCCACUCCCCCCGGUCCUAAACCAUGGCCUAUAGUUGGUAAUAUUCCUGCAAUACUUGUAAACAAGCCCGUGUCUCGAUGGAUAUACAAGAUGAUGGAAGGUUUAAACACUGAAAUUGCAUGCAUACAUCUUGGAAAUGUCCAUGUUAUCCCUAUUACUUCCCCCACCCUCGCAUGUGAAAUCUUAAAAAAACAUGAUGCUACUUUUGCAUCAAGACCAAUAACCAUGUCCACCGAUAUUAUCUCUAAUGGUUACGUGACAUCAAUAGUUGUACCGUUUGGAGAACAAUGGAAAAAAAUGAAGAAAAUCAUUGUUAAUGAAUUGUUCUCUCCCCUUAGACAUCAAUUUCUUCGAGACAAAAGGAAUGAAGAAGCUAAUAACCUUGUGUUUUAUGUCUACAACAAAUGUAACAAUAGUGGUCUUGUGAAUAUUAGGAUUGCUACACGACAUUAUUGUGGUAAUGUUUGUAGGAAACUUUUUUUUAAUACAAGGUACUUUGGUAAGGGUAUGAAGGAUGGAGGGCCUGGUGUUGAGGAAGUUGAGCAUGUGGACAAUGUUUUCAUAUUGCUUAAGCAUCUCUAUGCCUUCUCUAUAAGUGAUUAUAUCCCAUUCUUGAGGUUAUUUGACUUGGAUGGCCAUAAGAGCAAGGUGAAAAAAGGAAUGAGCAUAAUGAAGAAGUAUCAUGAUUCCAUCGUUGAAGAGAGAUUCCAACAAUGGAAUGAUGGAUCAAAGACCGUUGAAGAAGACUUGCUAGAUGUUCUAAUCUCUUUGAAAGAUGUUAAUAAUAAUCCAUUAUUGACAUUAAAGGAAAUCAAAGCACAAGUUACGGAAUUAAUUUUGGCUGUGAUCGAUAAUCCAUCAAAUAUUGUUGAGUGGACAUUAGCAGAAAUGAUAAAUCGACCAGAAUUAAUUCAACAAGCCACAGAAGAAUUGGACAAUAUCAUCGGAAAAAAUAGAUUGGUACAAGAAUCAGAUAUAUCAAAGCUCAAUUUUGUCCUGGUGUUGCUCCAUUGCUUCACUUGGAGUUCACCUCCUAAUACAUCAAGCAUUAACCUUGUUGAAUUAAAAGAUGAAAUGUUUCUUGCUGACCCACUUGUGGUUGUAGCAAAGCCAAGAUUAGCAACUGAGUUGUACAAAUUUUGA